UAUCAACUUACACUUCAUUCAUGUUUGGUUCGGCACUCAAUGAUGUCAAAUAUAAAUAUAUUUUACAUUGAAAGCAUAGAUCUAAAUAUCAAAAUAAACUUGCACUUGGUUUGCUAAAAAAAUACACACAUAAAAAUUAUUCCCCAUAUAUAUACAAACAAAAUUAUUACAUCCUAAUUUUUUUUUCCCAUUCUCUAAAUAUAUUGCUUUAUUUCCCUUAAUCUGUUUUUCUUUUCUUUUUCAGUUUUACCAAACAAGUAAACAAUCAUUCCAUUUUAUACUACUUUACUUUUCUAUUUUAUCUUAUAUCUUUUCUUUCGUAACCCAUUGGCUCUUUGGACUUGGCUGUGUUUCAUUAGCAAUGGGUGCUCUUAGGGACAAUAAAAGGUCAUAUGUUGGAUAUUAUGGAAAAAGUAACUAGCGUUUAUAUUUUGUAACUGGUUUAAUUGAUUAUUUUGUCCCAGUUUUAUUCAAGUGUCUCAAGUUGAUCCAUCUUUUUAAAAAAGUGUUAAAAAAUUUGUCUCAAUCAAAUCCAUUCCGUUAAAUACACACAAACUACUAACGUUUUUUCUCUCUCCUCCGUGCUAUCUUUUUGGUGCCACACUUCAAAUCAAACGUUGCUUACUGCACUGUAUACUAACAAUCUCAAACACUCCAUUCACCUACUUCCCAUAAUUACUCUCAUGCUCUUCAUAUCUUCUUUCUCUAAAAAGCUUAAACUCUUUUUCUUCUUUUCAUAAUCCUCCACUCUUCCAUUUUCCCCCUUGUCCUGCCAUUAAUAUUAUCGAUAAAAUGAAUGAAUGCCUGUAAUCUCCCAACCAUCGCUUAUAAUUUCUCUUUUUCAUUCCUUUGAUAGUGGAUACAGUCACUAAAUCGGUAUAUAUAUCCCACUAGUUAGCUAGUUUUCUUCUCUAAUUCUUAAAGUAAGGUUUCUUGUGUUAAUCGUUUUGUCCUCUGUUCUUCUUUGUUUGUUGUUCAUACUCCACGGCUCCUCCAAACGAUCUAGUGAAUACCACGUUAGGACUGGAGCCAUCGGAAAAGGUUUUCGACUUAUCUGACAGGAAACUCACCGUGAGAGGGGUGUCGUUACUCUCUCACGUACCCGAGAACGUCACUUUUAGUUCCUUCUCCUCAACUUGUGAACCUCGUGAUGCCCCAUCUUCCAUCCUUCAACGUGUCAUUGCCGCGUCAGACAAAGGUGGCUUCCUUGAAUUCUCCCAUGUUUCACCAUAAGCUCCUUGGAAAGCUUCAAAGGUAGAAACUUCCUCAGCAUCUUCAGGUUCAAAACAUGGUGGUCGACCCAGAGGGUCGGAAAUUCCGGUUCAGACUUACAAAUGGAAACCCAGUGGCUCCUGAUAGAAGUCCCCGAAACAGAAUCCUAUGUCGUAAUCAUACCCAUAGUAGAAAAAAGCUUCAGUUCCCCUGGCUUUGAUGAUCAUGUUAAGAUUUGCACGGAUAGUUGUUCGACUCAAGUGAGAGCAUCAAGUUUUGAUGCAAUUGCAUAUGUCCACGUGGCUAAAAACCCUUACAACUUGAUGAGAGAGGCAUACAGUGCUCUCAGGGUUCACCUUGACUCGUUUAGGUUGUUGGAGGAGAAAACGGUGCCAAGAAUUGUUGACAAAUUCGAGUGGUGCACUUGGGAUGUGUUUUACGUAACCGCGAACCCCGUUGGAGUUUGGCAUGGGCUUAAGGAUUUCAGUGAGGGUGACAUGGCUCCGAGGUUUGUUAUCAUCAAUGACGGUUGGCAAAGUGUGAAUUUUGAUGAUGAGGACCCCAACAAGGAUGCUAAGAAUCUUGUUCUUGGUGGGGAACAAAUGACUGCGAGGCUUCACAGAUUUGAAGAAGGUGACAAGUUUAAAAAAUACCAAAAGGAUCUUCUCUUGGGUCCUAAUGCUCCUUCUUUCAACCCGGAGACGAUAAAGAAGUUGAUUUGGAAGGGGAUUGAAGUUGAGCAUUUGGGGAAGCAACGUGCUGCAGCCAUUUCAGCUAGGGGUUCGGAUUUGGCCGAGAUAGAGUUGAUGAUUGUGAAGGUGAGAGAGUAAAUUAAUGAUCUCCAAGUGGAGAGUAUUGUUGCAAAGCAGCGAAGUGUGGUGGGAUGAAGGACUUCACAACAGAUUUGAGGACUGAAUUCAAUAGUAUCGAAGUGCAUAUUUGAUUUGAUUGAGACAAAUUUUACUAAGUGAGAACACAAUUGACACUUUUUUUUUUUUUAAAAAGAUGGACUAACCUGAUACACUAGAACGAAACUGGAAACAAAAUAAACAAUUAAACCUUUGUAAUUUAAUUGAUUCUGUUAACUCUAUAAUCAGGCAUAUGUUGGUGGUCGUUAUAUCGUAAAUUAUGAAAUUUCCUGCAGUAAAUACUUUCAUUGCAAUUUGUUUUGUCCAAGGAAUGCGUAUUUCUAUAAUCACGUAUGUUAGAUUGUAAAUUAAGAACUUUGGUGCAAUAAAUACUUUCAUUGCAAGUUUUAUGCGUUUUGUUCAACUUUCCAAAUUUCCCUUCGUAAGUGAUCUAACCAAUCAAACUUACAACCCAAAAGCUUUUUCUCACUGACAGAAGUCAGCUACCUAAAUCAAAUGUCGUUAUAAUCUUUAGUAGCAAGUCAUACUAAUAAACAAAUUGGCUUUUAGAUCUUCUUUAACAUAAUCCUAUAAAUAGCUUUUUCCCAUCUCUCUCUGCCUCUACCCCAUUUGAUCUAUUCUACUUAAUGUGCAUACAACACUAGGAUUCUUUUCCUGCCUAGUUAUGAAAAACAAAGGGGAGAGGCUCCCUUUAUAAGACCAAGGAAAGGUGGCAUAUCAUAAACUGUUAACAGUCAUCUCACAAUUUGAAUUACACAAGAAAUAAAGGUUUUAUGCAACAGGGUUUCUGACAGCUUUAAUGAAUUAGGACAACCCAGUAUGGGGUGCCAAAGGGCCAAAUGAGCUUUACAUAUAGAGGGAACGUGAGAGGUGUCGGGGGUGGAUUGGGGUUGUUUGUUAUUAGGCAGAGAAAUAGUUUCUAUCGGAGCUUAUGCUCUGGGAUUACAGAGGUUCUCCUCUGUAAAAGUUUUAUUUUCAAUCUAUAAGACAAAUUUCGACCUACAUUGAAUUGUGUUCCUAACAGUUUUUUCACAAAUUUGUCAGAACACCAAAGUCAGGACCUAAUUCUAUAUUCAAAUGACUGACGAAACACUCAAAAAGCUUAUCAGUGGCUAUCUAAUCCAAAGAGGAGAACCAAAUGUUCAUUCUAAAGUCUUUCCCUAUUAAUAAGU